GUUGGUUUACAACCUUUUGCAACAUCUUAGGCCCUAUCUCCAAGGCCUCACUCAACUAUUUACGGGAAACUUGCGCGUAAAAGAUUGCUCGUCUUUACUCAAAUCGAUGAAUUGGCUCUGGAAAGACCACCCAGCGAGUGACCGACUUAUUUUGUGGGACGUGGUAGUCCUUAUCCCUUCCCUCGAUUUAUCGCCCAAUCCGAUCUAGUUCAUACAAAGAGGCGUACACCCAACCUCAAAGAGUUGCUGCUAUGUCUGUCGCCAAACGAGUUGCCGAAGAAAUGCACGUUGGACUCGGUGAAAAAGUUGGUUCCACCAUAGGUUUUAAGGAUACGACAGAGAAGGUACGUACGUCCGACUUUUCGAUUCAAACCACAGCUAAAACGUUCUCUACCCUUCCCUCCACCCUCAUUUCCUAUACCCCUUCCCCAUCUCUUCCUGUUCCUAUUCCGUCUACCUUCCCAACUUUUUUGUCCUCUAUCGGUACAUUGCUCCAAGCGAUACACUCAUCAGAACCCGCUGACUGUUUGUACAUAGGCAUGGCGGUAUCUUCUACCGUUUCCUGGUGUACAUACGUUCCCUUACGAACGAACGAAGAUUCGACGCUUUCUGGCGUUCGCACCCUAUCCUCGACAGACAACCAGUAAAUCCCUAUCGAAAUUCCAAAUACGCCAUUCGCUCGCGAUUCCAGGAUCUAAUCAUUCAUGCACAUUCCGUUGACUAGCUCAAUG